AUGCCAGCCAACGGCUCCGCCACAGCCACGAGGAUGCCCGAGAGCAAAUCCGCCCCCGCGGCCAGUCAAGAUACCACCAACCCCAAGCAUGACUUCUUCUGGACCUACACCGAAGAGCCGCACCGCACUCGUCGACUGGCCAUCAUCAAGGCCCAUCCGGAGGUCACAAAGCUGUGCGGCCCCGAACCUCUGACCAAGUACGUCGUGCUCGGCGUCGUCAGCCUCCAAAUCGUCCUCGCCUACCUUCUCCGGUCGACGUCAUUUUGGUCUUGGAGGUUCUGGGCAGUAGCCUACGUGUUUGGCGCAACCGCGAACCAAAACCUAUUCCUGGCCAUCCACGAGAUCUCGCACAACCUGGCCUUCAAGAGCCCAAUGGCCAAUCGACUAUUCGCUAUCGUCGCCAACCUGCCCAUCGGAGUCCCCUACAGCGCCGCAUUCCGCCCUUACCACUUGACGCACCACAAAUCCCUCGGCGUCGACGGCCUCGAUACCGACCUCCCCACCGCCCUCGAGGCCUUCUUCCUCGACUCCAUCCUCGGAAAGGCCUUCUUCUGCACCUUCCAGAUCUUCUUCUACGCCCUGCGGCCCAUGGCCGUCUACCGCAUCCCCUUCACGUGGGUCCACUGCCUCAACCUCGCGGUCCAGCUCGGCCUCGACGCCCUCGUGGUGCACCGCGCGUCGUGCAACGCCCUGCUGUAUCUCCUCCUGUCCUCCUUCCUCGCCGGCAGCCUCCACCCCCUGGCCGGCCACUUCAUCGCCGAGCACUACGUCUACGAAACCGUCACCCCCACGCAGAGGGACCCCGUCAACAUGGUGCCCGUGCCCGAGACCUUCUCCUACUACGGGCCCCUCAACUGGUUCACCUACAACGUCGGCCUGCACAACGAGCACCACGACUUCCCCGCCAUCCCCUGGACCAGGCUCCCCGCCGUCCACGACAUGGCCAGGGAAUUCUACGAGCCGCUGCCCCGCCACGAGAGCUGGGUCUACGCCAUUUGGAGGUUCAUCUGGGACGAAAACGUCGGCUUGAACUGCCGCGUCAAGCGCAGGGACGGCGGCCGGCUGGUCGGCGGCGCCAUCAACUGGAAGGAGAAUGAGAUCCAGGCCUGA